AUGCCAAGGAAGAAAUCCACAACCAAAUCUGCCAAGGGCUCUACCGAGACAACGUCCAGUGAGACGGCCACUGAGACACCAUCAAACACAUUGAAUGACACCGCCACAUCAACAGCAGCCAAGAAGAAGGGUGAACCUGAGAAGGCCGUCCAGGACUCCUAUGAACCAACCCAGUUCUGGAACUUUGUCAACCACUCCCUUAAGGACGUCUGUAGCAGUGCUUUGAGAGUUGGAAAAACUUGUAUAGGUCAGCAACAAAAACUGUCCGAGUUCUUUCAGGUGAUUCUUGCUGAAGAAUUGAAGAUGUAUAGGCCGCCGGAGCCAUUCAAGGCUCCUUCUCUGGACUCUAUGGCUGUCACCAUUGGCUGGCAAAGCAAAAUUGACAGGGCAAUGGCCUUUUGA